UUAAUUUUUUUUUACCUCUUGGUUAUUUUUAGAGAUGUGUUUUUCUGCUCUCUUUGUGUUUUGGGGGAUUCUUUUCUGUGCACCAUGCCGGUGCUUGGAGUGUCCUUUUGGCUGUGAGUGUUUCGCUGUGAUCCACACGGUAAAAUGUGUUUCUAAAGAUCUGCUCACAGCGCCACAAAAUAUUCCAGGAUUUGCCAAGACCGUCAUUAUGACAGGGAAUAAUAUACACCAAAUUGGACCCAGUUCAUUUACAGAGCUGGAGAACAUCACUAAUAUCAUUUUAAGCAAUAACAGGAUAACACAGAUGGCGUCCCACACCUUCUCUUCCCUCAUCAAUUUGCGCUUCCUGGACCUCAGUGGAAACCAGCUGGCACUCAUCCAUCCAGAGGCUCUCAGCAUACCUGGCAGCCCCCUUCAGGAGCUCAACCUGAGCCAGGCACUGUACAACUUUACUGCCCUUACAGACCUCACCACAGCUCUGCGCUGGGGUGGCCUUGCGGGGCUCCUCCGCCUCGACCUCUCCGGGAACAAGCUUGCCCUGCUGCCCCCAGGGAUGUUCUCCCACCUUCCAAAUCUGCAGCAGCUCUUUCUCGCUAACAACGCUUUAGUGGCAGUCUACAGUGGGACCUUCUCCGGUAUGAAUCACCUGGAGGUGCUGGACCUGACGCACAAUGCCUUCAGGACUUUAAGAACUGACGCUCUGCAGGAGUUGGAGAAACUCGGGGACAUCAAAAUCCUACUCGGUAACAACCCCUACACCUGCUCCUGUGAGAUCCAUGAUUUUGUCACAUGGCUGAAUAAAUCAAGAGCCAAGGUUGAUGCGAAUGCUGUGAGAUGUGCCUCACCUGUCACAUUAACCGACACUCGCCUGCGAGGGCUCAGCGUCCAGGAUAUUGGGUGUGUUGUUCCAGUCCUUACAGAGGUCGCUAAUCUCACCUUGCAGACCUCUUAUGUCUUCCUGGGGCUGGUUCUGGGGUUUGUUGGCAUGGUUUUUCUCUUUGUGCUCUACCUGAAUCGCAAAGGUAUGAAGAAGUGGAUCAAUGAAAUGAGAGAUGCUUGUCGGGAUGUUCUGGAGGGCUAUCACUACCGGUAUGAGAUUGACUCGGACCCUCGGCUGGGGCACAUCUCAGCAGACAGCAGAAGGGCACAAAGGCAGUUAGGGUUGUCUUUGUCACAACAGCUGCCCAGUGACACCUCUGUCAUCCACACAAAAACCCAAGUCAAACCAGUUACCACCUCCCUGCCUGUAAACUUAUGAUAAACUGAUACUUUGACAUAAUAUGAUGUUGAUGUGAAUAGUUUGAGCCAUGAAAUGUACAUUUUUAUGCCUCGAGCUCUCUGUACAUACUGCAGUUACAACCU